UGACUGAAAUUAAACUAAAGCACCCAUCGUCGUUUACUUUUUAUCACCUUCUUCACAGAUCUUCCCCCCCCCUCUCUCUCUCUCUAAAACUUUCUCUCUCUAAAACAUUCUCUCUCACUCAUCAAACACAGAUUCAAACUCCAAAUCCCAUCACAAAAAAAAAUGUAUUAAAAUCUUUGAUAAUUUGUUCUCUUCUUUUGUAUAUAGAAGCAGAUUCCGAGCCCCAUUUCAAAAAAAAAAAAAAAAAUGGGAGUUUGUACUUCCAAACCAAAAACCUCACAAGAACUCGAUUUCAAUUCGUCGGGCGAAAUUAAACCGGAAGUUAAUUCAAUUGACGAUGGUAAGGAAAACCCUGCUCAAUCGGCGAACGGCGCCGAAAAUGCGAAGAAGAACGACGAUGUAGGCAAAAAAUCGCCGUUUUUCCCGUUCUACAGCCCGAGUCCAGCUCACUAUUUCUUCUCGAAGAAGUCCCCGGCUAGAUCUCCGGCGCCGACGAGCGGGACGCCGAGGAGGUUUUUCAAGAGGCCGUUUCCGCCGCCGUCUCCGGCGAAGCACAUAAGGGCGGUGCUGGCGCGGCGGCACGGGUCGGUGAAACCUAACGAGGCGGCGAUUCCGGAGGGGAAGGAGGUGGCGGAUGGGAAUGGAUUGGAUAAGAGCUUUGGGUUUACGAAGAAUUUGAGCAGCAAGUAUGAAUUGGGGGAAGAAGUUGGGCGAGGGCAUUUUGGGUAUACUUGUAAAGCCAAGUUCAAAAAGGGUGAAUUCAAAGGCCAAGAUGUUGCUGUUAAGGUCAUUCCUAAACUUAAGAUGACCACUGCUAUAGCUAUCGAAGAUGUACGAAAAGAGGUGAAAAUAUUGAGAGCUUUGACCGGUCAAACCAAUUUAAUACAAUUUCACGAUGCGUACGAAGAUCAAGAAAAUGUCUACAUUGUCAUGGAGUUAUGUGAAGGAGGCGAGCUUUUGGAUCGAAUACUUUCAAGGGGUGGAAAGUAUACUGAAGAAGAUGCAAAGGUAGUGAUGAUGCAAAUACUAAACGUCGUUGCGUUUUUCCAUCUCCAAGGAGUUGUGCAUCGAGACCUUAAACCCGAGAAUUUCUUGUUCAAAACCAAAGAAGAAAACUCGGCAUUGAAGGCUAUAGAUAUAUAUAUAUAUAUAUAUAUAUAUUCAGAUGAAAGGCUAAACGACAUUGUUGGAAGUGCGUAUUACGUAGCGCCUGAAGUAUUACACAGGGCGUAUAGUACCGAGGCAGAUGUUUGGAGUAUCGGUGUAAUAUCUUACAUAUUGUUAUGUGGGAGCCGCCCAUUUUGGGCCCGAACGGAAUCUGGAAUAUUCCGGGCUGUUGUAAAAGCUGAACCGACGUACGAAGAACAACCUUGGCCAACUUUAUCUGCCGAGGCAAAAGAUUUCGUCAAACGUUUGUUGAAUAAAGAUCCGAGGAAAAGAAUGACUGCAGCUCAAGCCAUUUGUCAUCCGUGGAUUAGAAAUACGAACGACGUAAAAGCUCCUCUUACUUUUAUUAAUUUUUUUUGAUUUAAUUGAUAUAUGCAGGCGUUAUCGAAAACACUGACGGAAGAAGAACUUUUCUAUCUGAGGGAGCAAUUUGCACUACUCGAGCCAACCAAAAACGGCACUAUAAGUUUAGAUAACAUUAAAACGGCCUUGAAGAAAUACGCAACGGAUGCCAUGAACGAGUCUCGCAUUUUCGAUUUUAUUGCUUCGCUUAAUGCACUUCAAUAUAGAAGAAUGGAUUUCGAAGAAUUCUGUGCAGCUGCAUCGAGUGUGUAUCAGUUAGAAGCUCUCGAUCGAUGGGAACAACAUGCUCGUUGCGCCUACGAACUCUUCGAUAAGGAGGGAAAUCGAACGAUCAUGAUUGAGGAAUUAGCUUCUGAACUCGGGCUUAGCCCGUCUGUUCCGGUUCAUGCAGUUCUUCACGAUUGGAUUAGACAUACCGACGGGAAGCUUAGUUUCCUAGGAUUCGUCAAACUAUUGCACGGAAUUUCGAGCCGAGCUCUUGCGAAAAAUCAUUGAUACAUUUUUGGAGCCCAAAUAUAAUGAUGGUUGAACAGUAUGCUAAUAUAAUAUAUAGUUUUUAAUUUAAUUUGUGUAAAUACAGUUAAAUUAAAUAAUUCAUUGGGUUUU